UGUUCCUUAAGCUGCUCAAAGUUUUUGGUCUGCUAAUACUGACGCCUGCUUCUUCAGCAGCGUGGCGUGUUUCCGCUUGGACUUGCAAGCUUGAUUGCUCCAUUGUCACAGGGGAGGCUGGAAGAUGAUGAGGUCAAUAGAAGUUAAAACAAAGGCAUUAAUCGGAAAUGUUUUACCUAACAUCCUAAAGCGAUUUCUAUAGAGUAUCCUUUUGCAGCCAAAAAGAUGACGCGGAAACCAUUUAUUCAAUAUGAUCGAAAUUUGCCAAAACAAGUUUUCUUCUGCUGUAAAUGGAAAGCAAAUUGAGACACGAUAGCACCACCCUAGAAUCACUUUUUUCUCCUGACCUAGCCGUCUCACAACCAGAGCUCUCAGUAACGCGCGUUUCUUCUCACGUUCACACCCAGCUGCCAGAAAAUGGACCUGAGAGAAUCCAUCGCCAACCAGACCGACGCCGCCCUCGCCCUCUCCAAGCAGCUCCUCUUGACCGGGGCCAAGGACUCCAACCUCGUCUUCUCUCCCCUCUCCAUCCACAUGGUGCUCGGCCUGAUCGCCGCCGGCUCCGCGGGGCCCACCCAGGACCAGCUCCUCUCUUUCCUCAAGGCCAAAUCCACCGACCAUCUCCACUCCUUAGCUUCUCAGCUCCUCCUCGUCGUGCUCGCCGACGACAGCGCCGCUGGCGGGCCCAAGCUGUCCUUCGCGAACGGCAUUUGGAUCGAUAAGUCGUUGCCUCUCAGGCCUUCUUUCCAACAGGUGGUGGACGCGUCUUAUAAGGCGGCCACUAAUUUCGCUGAUUUCAAAACCAAGGCUAUUGAGGUGACUAGCGAGGUUAAUACGUGGGCUGAGAAGGAGACCAGUGGCCUCAUAAAGGAGAUUCUCCCGGCUGGCUCAGUUGACAGUUCAACUCAACUCAUUUUUGUGAAUGCCCUUUACUUCAAAGCUGCUUGGAAUGACAAGUUUGACUCUUCAAAGACAAAGGAUAGUGACUUUUUCCUUCUCAAUGGGAAUUCUGUUCAAGUUCCUUUCAUGACUAGUGAGAACAAGCAGAUCCUCGCGGCUCACGACGGUUUUAAAGUCUUGGGACUUCCUUAUAAGCAAGGGGAGGACAAGCGUCAGUUUUCGAUUUACUUAUUUCUUCCGGAUGCGAGAGAUGGACUCCCGGCUCUCGUGGAGAAAGUCUGUUCUGAAUCUGGCUUUCUGGAUCGCCAUCUUCCCUACGAGGAAUUGGAAGUGCGGGAAUUCCGAAUCCCGAGAUUCAAGAUAUCAUUUGGAUUUGAAGCUUCAGAAGAUCUGAAGAAGUUGGGAUUGGUAUUGCCAUUUUCGGGUGGAGGAUUGACGCAGAUGGUGGACUCCGUCAAUCUCUAUGUCGCACGCAUAUUUCACAAAUCCUUCAUUGAAGUUAAUGAAGAAGGAACAGAAGCGGCCGCCGCUUCUGCUGUUAUUAUGUGUGGGAGUACGCUUUUUCCGAAGAAGAUGGACUUUGUCGCCGAUCACCCAUUCCUAUUCUUGGUGAGAGAGGAUAUGACUGGCACGGUGUUGUUUGUGGGUCAGGUGCUCAAUCCGCUAGCCAGCUAAUCAUAAGUCGAACAAGAGCAUUAGCAUUCCUAACUCUAUUGGCACUAAAACGAGAGGUUGUUUGGUUUAUUGCAUAUGUUUUGAUGUAUUAAUCGGUCAAUGCACAAUUAGGGAGGAUGCAAUAUCUUUUCGUAUUGUAUCAAUUAUCAUGACAUGUUCGUGGACACCUAUGUCUUCCAAUGUCUUUGCCCCUUCUAUUUAUUUUUUCUGAGUAAAAGUAUCGGGAAUAUUGCAUCUAGUUCAUUGAUAAUUCGAGUUUUUU